AUGACCGACCACGGAGCUCCCAGCACCGAUAUCACCCACCGCACCGUUUCGGUUGGUGAUGCCCAUGGUCAUUCUAGAAGCCGUCCGUCUACUGACAUGCACAACUACAAUGCUGGUUUAACUCCCGAACUGUUACCAUCGAUGCUGGGUAGCCAAAUAUUUGACGCUUGCCGCAACGGAGACUUGGCAUGUGUAAAGCGUCUGUUGGAGGAUGGAGUGGGUGUCAAUUCCACUGACUGUUCCGGUCGAAAGUCCACACCACUUCACUUCGCAGCUGGUUAUGGCCACCGUGAAGUGGUUGAGCUGCUGCUGGAACACGGCGCAGAGGUGUCUGCACGUGACGUAGGAGGUCUUAUCCCAUUGCACAACGCUUGUUCUUUUGGACAUGUUGACGUGGUCCGUUUAUUGCUUGCCGCCGGGUCUGAUCCUAAUGCUCGAGACUGUUGGAAUUACACACCUUUACAUGAAGCCGCUAUCAAGGGGAAAGUCGAAGUUUGUAUUCUUUUACUUCAGUCCAAAGCGGAUCCAAGCGCUCGCAAUCUGGAUGGUAGAACCCCUGUCGAAUUGGCUGAAGGUCCCGGUCGGUUGGCACUGUUGGGAGAAUACCAGAAGGAUGAGAUUUUAGAAGCAGCGCGUGCUGGAAACGAAGAGAAGUUAAUGAGUUUGUUGACACCCCAAAGCGUAAACUGUCACGCCGCAGAUGGGCGAAAGUCUACGCCGCUUCACUUGGCAGCAGGGUAUAACAGAUCGAAGAUUGUGAAGAUUCUGUUGGCUAACGGUGCGGAUGUGGUAGCCAAGGAUAAGGGAGGACUUAUUCCACUGCACAACGCCUGUUCCUAUGGUCACCUUGAUGUGUGCAAGCUGUUAAUCACAACUGGUUCCACCCAAACUCAAGUAAAUGCCGCUGAUCUGUGGCAAUACACCCCGCUCCACGAGGCGGCAAGCAAAUCGCGCACCGAGGUUUGUUCUUUGCUUUUGGCUUACGGAGCCGACCCAACGAAGCCCAACUGUCAUGGAAAGUCGGCUCUCGAUUUGGCCGCAACAUCCGAGCUACGAAGUCAACUUUUCAACGAAUAUCAGGGGUACUGCGUGCUGGAGGCAUGCAGAUCAGGAGACCUUGCCAACGUUUUCCACGUCUUGUCCAGUUUAUCUGCGCCGCUCAGCUCGUACGACGACCCAUCGCCGAAAAACAGUAGGACAAAUCGGCCAGCCAACAGCGUCCCUCCGAAUGACCUCUCAGGUGCGAAUCUUGGGAUAACCACCAAUAUGAUCCAUACAUCUGCCAUCGGUUGCGGCCUUUCGGAUUUUAGACACUUACUAACUCACAACACUGCGUUGCAUGCCGCAUGUUCCCCACCGGAUGUUCCACCAAGUCAUCGAUCUCCCUGCACCGACGCGAACGCCGUCUUCUUGGCGGACUCCAGCACAGCCCUGACUUCGGUCAAACCCGAUUUACCGUGCGUUUCUUCAUCAACUCGACAGCAGUUGAUUCAGUGGCUCAUUCAGCAUCAUGGAUUGCGCGUGUCCGAUCGGAAUAUGGAUGGUCAAACGCCAUUACACUUAGCGGCACUGAACGGAUUCCUGGAGGCCGCUGUCUGUUUGGUAUACUACGGUGCGAAGAUCAACGUCGUUGACAUGCUCGGAUUCACUCCGUUAGAUUUGGCCAUGAGAAAUGGCCACGCACAUCUCGUCCGGUUUUUGGUUCAGGCAUCCGGCGGUGACGCUGCUGCCCACACAUCGGCCGGCCAGCUGUCUAGCGGGAUUGGGACGCCAAAAAUGAUGCAUCGUCGCCCAGUCAACCUUACAACGAGUCCCACUGAUGCAUCCCCUGCCUUGAAGAUAUCAUCGCUACCGUUAAACUGUUCUACUCAUUUGUUGACCCAUCAAUCAAAUGGCACAAAGAAUUCCACUUCCGUCUCUUGCUCUGGCAAUCCUACUCGAUCCCUUGCUGUUAAUGACAUGGAAGACAGAGAUGUGAUUCAUCUUCCCGAUUCACUUCCAAUGAAAGCAUCUUCGAAGGAUUCCAGAACACAGCCACUAAAUCCCAUUCCGUCACCAGCCAACCCAACUUUUGAAAAGGCUUCUGGCCCCGCUGUUUCUGUCUCAUGGAAUGGCAUUUCAUCUGGCUCCAUGAAUCGAGGAUCAUCAAAUGCAUCUCCGACUAUUUUUGCCAAUUAUACUUGGGCGGAUUUGGUGUUGCAGCUUUUAGAGGCUGCCAAGUCCGGUGACGUAGAGCUUGUACGGGGCCUUGUUAGCGCUCAUCACCAUAGUCAGCAGCAACAGGAACUGCAGCAGCGGCAGCAACAACAGAACCAAUUGCCCUCCGCUUCCGGCUGCAACGUUACAACUGUUGGUGGCGCCACUUCAUCGUUUCCGACCACGGGUGAUUUAAUCAACUGCCGUGACAUUGAUGGACGGCAUUCGACACCAUUACAUUUCGCUGCGGGUUACAAUCGUCUUGCUGUUGUCGAGCUAUUGCUACAGUACGGAGCCGAUGUGCACGCGAAAGACAAGGGUGGAUUAGUGCCGUUGCACAAUGCCUGUUCUUAUGGACACCUCAGAGUAGCGGAAUUGCUGAUUCAACAUGGAGCCAACGUAAACGUAACUGAUUUGUGGCGAUUCACUCCCUUGCAUGAAGCAGCAGCAAAAGGGAAGUUCGAGAUUUGUCGCCUUCUCUUACAACAUGGAGCAGAUCCAAACAGGAAGAAUCGAGAUGGGCACACUCCAAUCGAUUUGGUCAAGGAUUCUGACAGCGAUGUCCAUGAUUUGCUGCGCGGGGACAUCACUGUGCUAGAAGCCGCAAAGCGGGGAAAUUUAGCCAGACUACAGCGCUUGCUUACUCCCGCUAACAUCAACUGCCGCGAUGUCCAAGGACGUAAUUCCACCCCACUGCAUUUGGCUGCAGGCUACAAUAAUGUUGAGAUAGUUGAAUACCUUUUGGAAUCAGGCGCCGAUGUGAAUGCGAAAGACAAGGGUGGCCUUAUCCCACUGCACAACGCCAGUUCCUACGGACACGUGGACGUCGCUGUCCUACUGAUACGUUACGGUACUUACGUGAAUGCAGUAGACAAGUGGGGCUACACUCCGCUUCACGAAGCUGCCCAAAAGGGCCGCACACAACUGUGUGCCCUGUUACUCGCUCACGGGGCGGAUCCAUCCAUAAGGAAUCAGGAAAAUCAAAUACCACUCGAUCUUGCAACUGCCGAUGAUGUCAAAUCUCUUUUGUUGGAUGCAAUGCUGCAGACCAAUUUCAAUGUUCCUGUAGUCAAAAAGAAUGCUGUCUAUUGCCCGGAUCAAUCUUCCAUCGCUUCUUUACCACUGGACUCAGGUGUUUCCGGCGUUGAUCAAGUUAGGUCAACAGAUCAAAUCACCGGACCGCGAAUAGAAGGACAAGGGCAAGAGGCCGCGCUUUCCUCAGUAGCCGCUGGUCCUAAUGCUACCCUACUCUCUUCGACCGCCUCUAACAGUUCCGCCCAUCGUGCUGCCGCUUUCUCGUUCCCUAGCAACGAUGCCUCAUCAGUUUGUGGCUCUGCUAUCCUAAACUGCAAUCAGUCCAAGGUCACGGUGGCCAAUUUUUUGACCUCAUUAGACCUACAAAUGUACAUAGAAUUAUUCUACAAGGAAGAGGUUACUAUGGAUAUCCUCUCCGAAAUGGGGCACUCCGAGUUGAAGGAACUCGGUAUCAGUGUUUACGGCCAUCGACACAAACUAAUCCGCGGACUGCAACGAUGGCGAGUGCCAUCCGAUACCUUUGUUUCUCCCGAAUCAACCCCUCUCUCAAGUGCGACACUCUUAGCUUCUCAGAUGUGUUCGCUAUCGAUUUCAGACUCCGUUAACCCAGCACCUAACUCGUCGGCUCCAGCGUAUCCACUGUUACACGCUGCGGACCCUACCAGUUCGAACUUUUCGGUAGCUGGCAUGCCUCACUCGCAAGGUGUUGGUGUCUCAGAGGCGACUCCCUCGAGUCCUAUGUUCUUUCCUCCAGGUUCCGCCAAGCAAACGGUGAUAAUCGAGUUGGAGCCCACUGACCCCGAAUUCCGUGCAGUCGAAGAGCAGGUCCAAAGCACCAUCAGGGAACAUCGAGAUAACUGUGGCGGUGUCUUUAAGCGCUACCAGCUACUCAAAGUCGCUCGCAUUCGAAAUCGACGUUUGUGGGACCGUUAUGUGCAUCGUUGUGCCGAAAUCAGCGAGGACAAUAACGGACACUACAAUGAACGCCUUCUCUUUCACGGCUCACCCUUUCUACAAGCCAUCGUGAUGAAGGGAUUCGAUGAACGUCAUGCUUACAUCGGUGGAAUGUUCGGCGCUGGAAUUUACUUUGCUGAAAAUUCAUCCAAAUCGAACCAAUACGUCUACGGCAUCGGCGGCGGUUCUGGUUGUCCAACCCACAAAUCACGGUCUUGUUAUCUCUGUCCAAGACAGCUGCUUCUGUGCCGUGUGGCUUUGGGGCGAUCUUUUAUUCAAUUCAAUGCGAUGAAAGUUGCUCAUGCCCCACCAGGUCACCAUUCCAUUGUUGGACGGCCUAGUACCGGGGGUCUCAAUUUCGCCGAAUAUGUUAUUUAUCGUGGGGAGCAAGCGUAUCCGGAAUAUUUGAUCACCUACCUCUUAGUACCGCCCGAUCCAGCUGACCCACCAACAGUCUCUAAUGCAACCCCUUCGCUCGCGUCGUCUUCCAAUAGUGUAUCCAAUAGUCAAACUGUCAUCGCCCCACCCCAUAGUCAUCUUGCACUGCCUAAGUUCACAUCGUCUAUCGCGACAAGCGUUGGUUCUUGCGCCUCCACUGGCAACCCAGAUAAUUCACCGUUUUCCCGCCGUCCGGUUGCUCCAGUUAUGCCGCCCGCGACUGCUCCCGGUGGGCCUUCAGGUCAUUCGAUCUGUUAAAUGCCGUCGGAAAAUUCCUUUCUAUGUUUUUCAAUCCGGAAACAGCCCACCGUUAUACAGCAUGGCUUCUCUGACAUGCAAGUGCCGUUGGAUCAUACAAUUUACCGACGUCUUUCUAUUCAUUGAGACGUAUGAUCUCACCCCUUGGUUUAUCACGCAACUGGGAACAACCACACCCGAGUUAAUUGUUUUUCGCACACUUCCAGUUUCUUGUUUCCGUCACUUCUCCAUACGUUUCGUUUAGAUUGGCGUUUUCGUCAAUCACUUGUCGUUUCUCUUGUUUAAUGACCCAUUAUUAGCUUUAAUAUACCGUGUGUGUUGAUGCGGACACUCGAUCCAUCAUUCCCCCGAGUAUUUCUUUCUCUCCUCCUGAACUUCAUGUUUGUGUACACGGCUGUUCCAGUUGCGCCUUGUGGUACUUUUAGUCGGAAAAAGGCACUCACGCGAUGUGUAGGCGCACUGCUGUUCAUCGCGCAACAAUGGUUUGACCGAACUGGCCUCAUAGGAUUGCUUUUAUGUGUUCAUAUCUACUAUACGGCCUGUGUUUCGUACCUACUCGUGACUACGAACCCCCCAUUGCUUGCUCUUUUAUGUACCAAAUGGUACUCGUUGACAUCGAUAACGUGGCUUUUCUUCUAUUUUGUUUGUAUAUACCAGUGAUCACGUCAACGUAAUUCCACGUUAUUAUGGUACUCUUUGGUUGACCUCCAAUCGCCUUUUUUUCUUCAUAAUUGACCUAAAGAAACAAAUAAAUAGGGAUAUUUCCUGACGGCCGGAUAC